GUUUCUUCCGGUCUACUUAUCAGUGGUCCGGAUUGGUAGCAUCGCCUUCUCUGCUUGCCUGUACUGUGGAGAGACAGCUAUUCGUGCAUACAGUUAGGCCAGACAAGAUCUUGCACCAUGUCCAUCCUCAAAAUCCACGCCCGUGAGAUCUUCGACUCUCGUGGCAACCCCACGGUAGAGGUCGAUCUCUACACCAAGAAAGGUCUGUUCAGAGCUGCAGUCCCCAGCGGUGCCUCCACUGGAAUCUACGAGGCCUUGGAACUCCGUGAUAAUGACAAGACCCGCUACCUUGGCAAAGGUGUCUCAAAAGCUGUUGCGCAUAUCAAUAAUACUAUUGCACCUGCCCUGGUUCGCCAGAGCGUGUCUGUCGUAGACCAGGAGAAGGUUGACAAGCUGAUGCUUGACAUGGAUGGCACAGAGAAUAAGUCAAAGUUCGGUGCCAACGCCAUCCUGGGGGUCUCUCUGGCCGUGUGCAAGGCCGGGGCGGCAGAGAAGGGCGUGCCGCUGUACCGCCACAUCGCUGACCUCGCUGGAAACCCAGAAGUCAUCCUGCCAGUUCCUGCCUUCAACGUGAUCAAUGGAGGCUCCCACGCAGGCAACAAGCUGGCCAUGCAGGAGUUCAUGAUCCUGCCCGUGGGCGCCAGCAGCUUCAAGGAGGCCAUGCGCAUUGGCGCCGAGGUCUACCACAACCUGAAGAAUGUCAUCAAGCAGAAGUACGGACAGGAUGCCACUAAUGUGGGAGAUGAGGGUGGCUUCGCCCCCAACAUUCUGGAGAACAAAGAAGCUCUUGAACUGUUGAAGACUGCCAUCAGCAAAGCUGGCUACACUGACAAGAUUGUGAUCGGCAUGGAUGUCGCUGCCUCUGAGUUCUACAAGGGAGGAAAGUACGACCUGGACUUCAAGUCCCCCGACGACCCCAGCCGCUACAUCACCCCUGACCAGCUGGCCGACCUGUACAAGGGCUUUGUUAAGGAUUACCCAGUGGUCUCCAUUGAGGAUCCCUUUGACCAGGAUGAUUGGGAGGCAUGGUCCAACUUCACCGGCAGCACCGACAUCCAGGUUGUGGGUGACGACCUGACUGUGACCAACCCCAAGCGCAUUGCCAAGGCCGUCUCAGACAAGGCUUGCAACUGCCUGCUGCUCAAGGUCAACCAGAUCGGCUCCGUCACAGAGUCCCUGCAGGCCUGCAAGCUGGCACAGACCAAUGGUUGGGGAGUGAUGGUGAGCCAUCGCUCUGGAGAGACAGAGGACACCUUCAUCGCUGACCUUGUGGUUGGUCUGUGCACUGGCCAGAUCAAGACUGGUGCUCCAUGCCGGUCUGAGCGUCUGGCUAAGUACAAUCAGUUGCUUAGGAUUGAGGAGGAGCUGGGAGACAAAGCCAAGUUCGCCGGCCAGAACUUCAGGAAGCCCAUCUGAAGCGUCUGUCUUCCUUGGACCUCCGUGUUCCCCUUCGCGCAUACACUCCCAAACUCAUUAUUCUAGCCACGCAAGGUUUCUCGUCCUAGAUCAGAGGGAAGUUGGAACGAGGUCCAAGUCUGCAGGCCGUGGCACCUCUCAACCCCCGCGGUUGAUCCGGUCCAGGCCUGAAACAGUGCCACCCAUCCCUCUAUGCUUUCGGCACCAGGAAUUAGCAUUGGUCCUUUAAUUGUGUCUUCGUAACUUGUGAGAUCUUUGUUCCACUUUUUGUGAGUUCUAGUGAUCCUGGUCCCCCUUUUUGAGUAUUGUUGUAACAGAUCUGAGUUGUUCACUGUGCUGCUUUGUGUAGUACAGUAGAGUAUGUGCGUUGUGUUGCUAUUGAACAGUUAUAGUGUUGCUCGUAUGCGUGGCAUAAGAAAUAAAAACAGCGUUCCCUGAAGUGGACAGAUUG